UGCUAAGUGGGGGGCCCUGCACAGGAAAUCCGCUCAGCUUCUGCAAUGGGGCCUGCCUGACACUUGGGCGCUCCUUCAGAAUCCAUGUUGACGGCAGGACAAAGGGGCGCCUGGACCAUGGGUGACGUGGUAGAGAAGAGUUUGGAAGGGCCCCUGGCGCCUUCUGCAGAUGAGCCCUCCCGGAAGAGGGGAGACUUGGUGGAGAUCUUAAAUGGGGAAAAGGUAAAAUUUGACGACGCGGGACUCUCCUUAAUUCUUCAGAACGGCCUGGAGACCCUGCGAAUGGAAAACGCGCUGACAGACGUCAUCCUCUGUGUGGACAUUCAGGAAUUCUCCUGCCACCGCGUGGUGCUUGCCGCGGCCAGCAACUAUUUCAGGGCCAUGUUCUGCAAUGAUUUAAAGGAAAAGUAUGAGAAGAGGAUCAUUAUUAAGGGGGUUGAUGCUGAGACCAUGCACACUCUCCUGGACUACACGUACACCAGCAAGGCGCUGAUCACCAAGCAGAACGUCCAGCGGGUCCUGGAGGCUGCUAACCUCUUCCAGUUCCUGCGGAUGGUGGAUGCCUGUGCCAGCUUCCUCACUGAAGCCUUGAACCCAGAAAACUGUGUUGGAAUACUGAGGCUGGCUGAUACACACUCGUUGGACACUCUAAAGCAGCAGGUUCAGAGUUACAUUGUUCAAAACUUUGUGCAGAUUCUGAACUCUGAGGAGUUCCUUGACCUACCCGUGGACACUCUGCACCACAUCUUGAAAAGUGACGACCUUUACGUGACUGAGGAGGCUCAGGUGUUUGAGACUGUGAUGAGCUGGGUCCGGCACAAGCCAUCAGAACGACUCUGCUUACUCCCCUACGUCCUUGAGAAUGUGCGCUUACCGCUUCUGGACCCCUGGUACUUUGUGGAGAUGGUAGAAGCAGAUCCUCUCAUCAGGCAGUGUCCAGAGGUCUUCCCGCUGCUCCAGGAAGCCAGGAUGUACCACCUUUCUGGCAAUGAGAUCAUAUCGGAGCGCACCAAGCCCAGGAUGCACGAGUUCCAGUCCGAGGUGUUCAUGAUCAUUGGCGGCUGCACAAAGGAUGAACGGUUUGUGGCAGAGGUGACCUGCCUGGACCCCCUGAGGCGCAGCCGCCUGGAGGUGGCCAAGCUCCCGCUAACGGAGCACGAGCUGGAGAGUGAGAAUAAGAAGUGGGUGGAGUUUGCAUGCGUGACAUUGAAAAAUGAGGUCUACAUCUCAGGUGGCAAAGAAACACAGCAUGAUGUUUGGAAAUAUAAUUCUUCAAUCAACAAAUGGAUUCAGAUUGAGUAUUUAAACAUAGGCCGCUGGAGGCAUAAGAUGGUGGUGCUGGGCGGUAAGGUCUAUGUGAUCGGAGGCUUCGACGGCUUACAGAGAAUCAACAAUGUGGAGACCUACGACCCCUUUCACAACUGCUGGUCGGAGGCCGCGCCCCUCCUUGUCCACGUCAGCUCCUUUGCAGCCACCAGCCAUAAGAAGAAGCUCUACGUGAUUGGGGGAGGGCCCAACGGGAAACUGGCCACGGACAAGACGCAGUGUUAUGACCCGUCAACCAACAAGUGGAAUCUGAAGGCGGCCAUGCCGGUGGAGGCGAAAUGCAUCAAUGCAGUGAGUUUCCGGGACCGCAUCUACGUUGUUGGUGGAGCCAUGAGAGCGCUGUAUGCCUACAGCCCCCUGGAAGACAGCUGGUGCCUGGUGACCCAGCUCAGCCACGAGCGGGCCAGCUGCGGCAUCGCGCCCUGUAACAACCGGCUCUACAUCACCGGCGGGAGGGACGAGAAGAACGAGGUCAUCGCCACCGUGCUGUGCUGGGACCCCGAGACCCAGAGGCUGACGGAGGAGUGCGUCCUGCCCCGGGGCGUGUCGCACCACGGCAGCGUCACCAUCAGGAAGUCGUACACCCACAUCCGCAGGAUCGUGCCUGGAGCGGUGUCUGUCUGAGCGCAGGAUGGGGAGCUGGGGAGCCGGUUGACCCUCAGCGCGCCCGCCUCACCGCUUACCCUCCUCCAGCCCCACUGCAGGCAGCAGCCUCGAGCUGGAGGCCGUACAUCGGGGGCUCACUUUGGGGGAAUCUUGGAAGUUCCAGUCUGGCGACACUUAAGACCAGCCAGAAAUGUUUGCAUGACCUACCUCAGAAGGGGAGGUGAGGAAGGGUGACAGCGUCUCAGGACCCACCUACCCUAUGCCAGCUCUGUGCCAGGCACUUCCUUCUAUCAGUUCAUUCAACCUGGCGACUGGCUUUUAUUACUUCUGGUUCCCUCGGUGAGGGCACCGAGUUCACAGAGGCUAAGUGGUGUCCUCUGGUCACUCAGCAAGUACCUACCCCAGGAGUCUAAAACCCAGGUCUUUCAGCUUCAGAGUCAAUGCCCUUUCCACCAUGCUGCCUAUCUCAGAGCAGGAAAAACCAAAAACCAAAAACCAAACCUGGUUCAUGCCGGGCGCGGUGACUCACGUCUGUAAUCCCAGCACUUUCGGAGGCUAGCUUAGGGGAGAUCACCUGACCAGCUUGGUCAACAUGGUGCUACCCGCCCCCAUCUCUACUAAAAAUAGAAAAAUUAGCCAGGUGCAGUGGCAGGCACCUGUAAUCCCAGUUACUCGGGAGGCUGAGGCAGGAGAAUCACUUGAACUUGGGAGGUGGAGGUUGCAGUGAGCCAAGAUUGUGUCACUGCACUGCAGCCUGGGUGACAAAAGUGAAACUCUUGUCUCAAAAACAAAAACAAAAAAUCUGGCUCAUUUCUUUUUUCGGCAAGUCUGCUAAAAGAUCACUCAGAGAGGCAGGGAAAUAAAGGUGUUUCCUGUUUUCCUUCCUUUUCUUACUCUGCAUCCCCCCUCAUCCCCCUCCUUUACCAAAAUUUAAACCAAGGAGUCAUUUGGGCUCCUUGUCAAGAACAUCUAAUAGGUUCUUCCACUCGAAAGGUCUGGGGGGAUGGGCUUGGGAAGGCCUGUUUGCUUUGAAAGAGAUGAAAUACUUGUGUUCCGUCCUCCUCCCAUUGAAAGCCUUUUUUUUGAGACGGUCUCACUGUCACCCAGGCUGGAGUGCAGUAGCGUGAUCUUGGCUCACUGCAACCUCCGCCUCCCGGGUUCAAGUGAUUCUUCUGCCUCAGCCUCCCGAGUAGCUGGCAUUACAGAUACUUGCUACCAUGCCCAGCUAAUUUUUGUAGUUUUAGUAGAGACAGUGUUUCACCAUCUUGGCCAGGCUGGUCUUGAACUCCUGAUCUCGUGAUCCACCCACCUCAGCCUCCCAAAGUGCUGGGAUUACAGGCAUGAGCCACCGUGGCUGGCCUUUUUUUUCUUUUAAUGAUCAUAAGAUGACCCAUUUUGGACCAGAACUGUCAUUGCCAGACAGAAUUGUCCCUUCAGCAUGGUCUGGUGCCCUGGCCUCUUAGCGUCCACCAGUCCACCAGUCGUACUGUAAUGUAGCAAACAUGUUUCUAGAGACUCAAACUACUGUUUUAUUUAAAAAGUAAACACCCGAAGACAGCUGGCCUCUGCAGGAACGAUAGAUACACUUGCUAGUUUUCACACAGUGAUUUAGAUCCAUGUUCCUGAUAGCCCAUCCUCCUGAAACCUUAGUUUUCAGGACUUUCUAAAAAGCAUUUUUGACUUGGUUUUUUGAUCAGUGUAGCUCAACUGUGAGAGUAGAAUCUGUCCUUCACUGUAAGAGUUAGAGCUCUCAAAUGAGCUCACUGGAAACUCCUUCUAAUCCCCAAGCUGGAGAAACAGGUUAAGAGAUCCUGUUUCAUAUGCUGUAUUUAAAAAGCAACAAUGAUAGCAACAUAGUGACUGCAUUACCCAAUGGACUUUAUUUCAUCAUAUGAUUUCAGUUCUCUUUAUAGAGUUUAUUUCAUAGCCAGAGUGGCUUGUUCCUCUCAGGAGUUUGGGAAGUUAGAGUAUUGGAGUUGAUAGUGAAUUUAAUUUUCAUUAAAAAGUCAUGGUUAGAAGCUAAUAUCUGAAACAGAUUUUAAACCCUUGGAAACUUACAGGUGAGAUUUCUGUUUAUGCCAGAUUGUUGAAGAUAAAUAUAAAUGUUUAUUGGUGUGUGAAAGGCUCUGUGCCUUAGAGGCAUGACAGUUCAGCUCUCUGCUGUGAAAAGUAAGACAGGGCAAUAUAAGCAUAUUUGUGGAAAUUUAGGACAAACUAUCACUUACUCAUGAGCACUAUAAUAGCCAUCACAAAGCUCCCAAUGGAAGCAAACAUUCAUGGAGUUCUUCAUGUUUUUCAAGCCUUGAGGACACCAAUGAAUGACAAAUCUCCAUGCUAGACACUCAAUACGGAUAAAUAGGCCACUAGUUAUAUUCUUGUUUUUCUUUUCUUCAGGUUAGCUAAAAUUAGAUCACAUGAAGUUAUGAGGCUGGAUCCAAGUCUCGGUUGCCUUUCAAGGGGUCAAGGUGGUAAGCAGUGCAGUAAAGUCACCCAGCGGCCAUUGCUUACCUGUUUGUCUUUCCGAGGUCACCACCAGAACCAUUUGUGAACUACAGGAAAAAAAUCUGUGUUGCUCCAAACACUACUGCAGGGAGGAACUUGGGAGAGGAAAUCCAGUGACAGCGGUAUUGGCACACACAGGGAGCCUCCCCUCAAAAAGAGAGCGCUCCUUGUCAGGGAGUGGAUGGCAGGCCUUUGAUAAGACCUAUUGGCAAACUUUGAGCCCAUCAACAGGUCAACCCUAUACUGAGUUAGGUCAGUAUAGGUCAAUCCUAUACUGGGAAAGUGAGAAUUUGGGAUUUCUGUGCUCUAAACCUGAUUCUAAAUGUAGGACCCAAGUUUUUGGACUACUUCAGAAUACCUACAUGAAUCACGGAAGCAGUCUUUAUGAUUUCUUAUGGCACCAGAUAUGCAGGUGAAUUGUGGAAAAUUUCAUGUAGCUGGCACUCAAGAAAUAGGGAUUCCUAAUGAUGGCAUGGGGUAGGGAACAGAUACCCCUAUUUAGAAGACCCAGGGUUCUGUAUUUGAAGCUGCCCUUGAACUCAAAGCCAGUCUGUAGCUCUUAGAGAAAGAAAGUUCAAGUCAUUUGGGGGAAACUUAAGUAUAGUCAUCAGGGUUUUCGUUUCUAGGCACUUGCCAGGGGUGAGAGCUUCUAAAAUCCAAAAUCCAUUCCAAGAAAUAAAGACAAACACAUUUGCAGGAAGGUAACUGUUAUCACCCCACCCUCAGUUGGGGGAAAGCCAAGCUGGGAAUUAACCCAGAGACAAAGAGCCCUCAGACUCAGGCAGGACGUGGCAGGGUGUCCCAGCACAGCAGACUGGAUGUUACGGCAGAUCCUGGGAGUGGACGAAGCACCCCAGGCUGGGAAGACACAGAUAGGGUAGGAGGAGGUCAGCUUCCAAGGAUGCAGGUCUGGAAAAUGAUAUGAGGGGCCCUGGAGUUUGUGAGCUUGACUCUAGUCCCAAGAAGGGUAAGGGAGAAUUCCAGGCCAGGAAAUAAGGAAGGAAUCCACUUUUUAGAGCAGAGGCACAAGCUGGAGCAGGCCCGGCAUUUGGGCCCACUUGCUGUGGGGCCUCUGAGCUGCUCAGCUGGGUCUCCUGUCCUAGAGAGAAGGUGGCCCAGAGUUUUGGUGGAGCAGAAUCUGUAGAUGAGGUUAAGGGACCCUGGUUGCCAAGGCUGAUCUCAAACAGCAGGGAGCUAAGCUUGUCACAACACCAGCAGGUUCACAUUCUUAGUUUUCAUCUAUUCUGAUCUCAAUGGCUUCAGGAAACACACACAUAUACCGUGCCCUUGAACUCAAAGCAAACUGUGCACUCAGGGAAAUACAAAUAUCAUGUUCUUAUAGCUGUAAAGUAUAGCUUAGCUGUUUAUAGAAGUCAUUGAGGUACUGUUGUUAGUUAUUUACUUAGCCUGUUUUAUUUUGAAAAAUAAACAUACUCAAUAGAAUUUUAAACUUUGUAACCACCACAGGGAUUUCUUGUGUAAGUCCCAACUUGGGGUUGCAAAAUCAUUUUUUCCCUUAAUAUCUAGGUGUUAUAUUACAUCUCAUAAUUUUAAGAGUCAAUCUUUAUAGAAAUCCACACAUAUCUCAAAUACGGCUACUGCAACACCAGUUUUGACAGGUCAGAUUUUCAUAUGUAUAGGUAUAAAUAGACAACACUCAGUGAACAAAACCCUUUAAGCAUUUUGGUUACAUAAAGUUGUAUAUUUUAAGUGAUCAAACAAAGAUGAAACUAUAUUGUUUAUAGGUUUUAAAAACCAAGCCAAUAAAGUUUUUAUUUAUUCAAUAAAAUAUGCACAGAA